GCAGCAGCACUCCUCUCCUCCCCUCCUCCUCUCUUCUCCUCUUGUCUUACUUCUUCUUCCUCUACUUCCCUUCUCCGCAACUCUCGCUGUUGUCGACAUGGCUGGUGGUGGCAUGCCCGUUGCUGGCGGCACCGUCGAGGGAGGUUUCCUCACGGGCCGCAAGCUCAUCUACCCUCUCUCGCUCGUCAUUUCGCUGUUCUUCCUGUGGGGCUUCAGCUAUGGUCUGCUUGACGUCCUGAACAAGCACUUCCAGACCGUCCUCGGCGUCACCAAGCUCGAGUCGACCGGCCUCCAAGUCGUCUACUUUGGCGGCGGAUACCUUCUCUUCUCGCCCAUCGCAGCCGAGGUGCUCAAGCGCCGCGGCUACAAGACGACCAUCCUGAUGGGCCUGGCGCUGUACUCGAUCGGCGCCGUCAUGUUCUGGCCGACGGCGCACUUCUCCACGCCCAGCAACUCGUCGGCCUCGUUCGGCGGCUUCAUCGCCUGCACGCUGGUCAUUGCGUGCGGUCUCGCGACGCUCGAAACGUCGGCCAACUCGUACGCCGUCGUCAUCGGCGACCCCGCCACCGCCUCGGCCCGCCUCAUGUUCUGCCAGUCCUGGAACGGCGUCGCGUCCUUCAUCGGCCCCCUCAUCGCCUCCAAGUUCUUCUUCUCGGGCGCAAACGCCCACUCCCUCACAAACGUGCAGUUCGUGUACCUGGCAGUCGCCUGCGCCGGCGCCGCCGUCGCCGUGCUCUUCUUCUUCGCGAACCUGCCCGAGGUCAAUGAGGCCGCUACAGACGGUGAGGACGCCGUCCUGGCCGUCGACGAGCACGGCAACGAGAUUGGCGCCGGCCCCCUGCUCAAGCAGUACAACAUGCUGUUCGGCUUCGUCGCGCAGUUCUGCUACGUCGGCGCCCAAGUCACCGUCGCGUCCUUCUUCAUCAACUACGCGACGGAGAACGCGCCGUACACGGCCGCGCAGGCGUCCAACAUGCUGUCGUACGCACUCAUCGUCUUCACGGUCGGGCGCUUCAUCGCCACCGCCCUCGCCACAAAGUUCCAGUCCGACUUCCUGCUGAUGAUCUACGCGGCGUGCGCCAUCGCGCUGACGGCCUACGUGGCCGCGGGGACGGGCCGGCCGGCCGUCGGCGUGCUGAUUGCGCUCUUCGUCUUCGAAGCGCCCAUGUACCCCGUCCUGUUCGCGCUGGGCACGGCCAACCUGGGCCGGCACACGCGGCGCGGCGCGGGCAUCCUGGUCAUGGGCGUGAGCGGAGGCGCCGUGUUCCCGCCCAUCCAGGGCGCCGUCGCCGACGCCGCCAACACGCGCAUCUCGUACGUCGUGCCGCUCGUCGGCUUCAUCGUCGUGCUCGCCUACGUCACCAUUCACUGGAUGCGCCACGGCAUGCAGAUUGUGCGCCGCAAGGACCCCGCGGCCAAGAUGCUCGAGGCCGGCACUCCGGUUGGUGGCGCCGUUGGCGGCGUCGUCCAGAACGUCCAUUAUGAUGCGGACAAGGCCACGGCGGCGCAUGUUGAGGGCGCGGGCGGCCAGGGCGUGUUUGUCGUCGAUGAGGAGAAGGACGUUGCUGUCAAUGUGCGGAAUGUUUAAGAGUUGUUUGGUUCGGUUCUUGGUUAAAAGACGGGAAUGAUGCGAUGCGAUGCGCGAUGUUGGGUGGGUUUAAUGGCAUGGACAUGGGCUUGGGCAUGGGCAUGAGCACGACGCUAUCUACGAUGGACGACGAUAAUAUCGGUUACGCGAUAGAUGAUACCACAUACUACACACUACACAUUACAUAUACACAUAAGCAGCCUAGUAGAUAGAUAGACAGCCAGA